GGAUCAUUAUGUCUGUUACCAACUUUGCUUUAUUUUUAUUGUGCGCUUUUACAUGCUAUCAAUAUUCCGCUGCUGAUGAAUACUGCGAUGAGUGUAGGGAUGAAUUUAAAAGAGCCAUGCAAGAAAUUAAAGAAAAUGACGAAAUACCAGAGUGCAUCAAGUCAUAUGCACCAAAGAUGAAUCCUGAGGAUAGUCACGAAACAAAACGUCGAAAACUGAAAGAACAUUAUUCAAACUUCAAGAGGAUGGUAUCUGCAAUGACUAAGGAGGAAAAAAUUGAGAUGGCGGAAAAGAUAACGGUAUGCUUCGAAGAUUUUCUAGAUGUUGUAAAGUCAAAAAUGGUAGAUCCAUCAUAUGAAGAAUGCAAGCAUUUCUUCUUACUGUGUGGGUGAUAUCGACCACACAGCAAAAAAAAAAAAAGGAAAAAUUGAUGUAACAAAAUUGAGAAAGAUGUAUAGAAUGCGUCUUUAAUUUUGAAUAAAA